AUGCCGAAAACACUUAUUGCACCCUCCGUCCUAGCCUCGGAUCUAGGCAACCUCAAUUGCGAAUGCCAACGAAUGAUUGAUUCCGGUGCUGAUUGGCUCCAUAUGGACAUUAUGGACGGUCACUUUGUCCCCAACAUUGUCAUGGGAGCACCCGUGAUCGCCUCGGUCUCGAAAGCGGUUCCCAACAUCUUCAUGGAUUGCCAUAUGAUGGUUGCUGAUCCUGGUCGCUGGGUCAAAGAUAUCUCAGAAGCUGGAGGAGCAUCUUAUACUUUCCAUCUCGAGGCGACAGAUGAUCCGAUGGACGUAGUCAGGCAAAUCAAAGCAACAAAGAUGAGGGCUGCUGUUGCAAUCAACCCCGGCACACCCGCUUCUGAGAUUUCAGACGAAUUAGGUAAUGCAGUGGAUAUGAUUCUGGUCAUGACCGUAUGGCCAGGAGCAGGUGGGCAGAAGUUUAUGAAGGAGUGCAUGCCCAAGGUGGCAGAACUCAGGGCUAGGUUUCCUGAUUUAGACGUAGAAGUGGAUGGUGGUGUUGGGCCAAAGACAAUUGAUAGAUGUGCGGAUGCGGGCGCAAAUGUGAUUGUUGCAGGAACGGCGAUCUUCAAUCAUCCCUCGCCUAAGGAUGUUAUUGCAUUCUUGAGGAGUCGGUGCGAUGAAGCUCAAGAGAGGAUUAAAAAGGAGAGGGAGAGAAUUGCAAGAGGAGAACCGGUGGAACAUGAGGUUAAGCAUUACGAAGAUGGUAGGAAGUCCGGUUGGGGUUCUGGUGCCGUCACACCCCUUUCAUAUCCCAGAGUGUAUAUGUCAGCGAGUAAGAGGGAAAAGCUGAGAAGAGAGAGUCAAGGUGCUUUGGAAAGGGGGGAAAGACCGAGCAUGUUGCAAGGUAUGAGUGCGUUGAGUAUUACACCUGCUGUCGAGGGUAAGUGA